UGGGCUAAACCGCAGCAGAAUCAACUCCAGGCAACUUUAUGAACUAAUUUGUGGUUGGUGAACACUGAUGAAAUCCACCAGGAUGGUCACUGGGGAUUAUAUCUGCAUAACAGUUCGCGGAGGAGCGCCUUGGGGUUUCGUUCUGCAAGGUGGCAAAGAAUUUCAGCUACCAUUGCAGAUCUCUGAGGUUGAUGAAGGGAGCAAAGCUGCCAGCGCUGGACUCUGUAAAGGAGAUGAAGUGGUGUCUUUAAAUGGAGAGCCCUGUGCAGAUUGGGCUCUCUCUGAAGCCAUGGCACUUAUAGAUGGCUCUGCUGACACCCUACAAGUGCUUGUCAAAAGGUGCGGUGUACACGAGCUCUCGGAUCCCAGUUCGGAGAAGAUGUAUUUUGAUGAAAGCAUACCCAACGAGGGCCUGGCAAGCACCACUCUCCAGAUCUGGCCGUCCCGUGGGGCUCCACCUCCAAGAGAGCUUUACAUCUCUGAGUCCCAGGAUGAAGCCUACUACGGUGAAACGGAGAGUGACACGGACCUCUCCUGUGCAACCAGGCAGGCCCGGGCCAAAUCUCCAAACAGGGAGAAAGACCACCUCAGAGAACGUAGCAGCCUGGAGACAUCUUGCAGGGGAGCAAAGCAGGGGGCGGUAACACCUGGAACAGUGGUGGAGCUGCAGUUAUCCUUUUCAGAUCACAACCAAGGAGACCCCUCCGUAACACCAGGCAGCAACCCUUGGGGGGAGAAACACAGCACUUUAGGGGGCCUGCAGAAGGACCGCAGCUUAGACAUCAGUUUGGGCGGUUCCAAGACUGAGUUGCUUCACACCACAGCGGUCCAGUCCUUUUGCCUCCCUCGGAACAGGGGGGAUAUCACAGACCAAGGGCAAGGGAGAGAACCGGUGAGCUCUUCAUCCUCCCUCGGCCAGGUGGAGGUCACCCUCGAGCACCCCAGGGAAGGAAAGCGGUGGGGGGAGAUAGUGGUCUGCAGGACUGAGUCCAGCCUAAGUGGGUGUGUUGAUUCUCAAGAGGAAGGAGGGCACAUUGAAGCACCUCCUGCUUCUGUCUCCUUUGGAAUUUCAUCAGAGGGUGCAGAGCAGGCAGAGGAGUGGGACUCAGAAUCAGAGUGGGAUCACAGCAGACCCAACAAGCACCGGCCGAGGCACUCUAGGCUAAGGCGCAGUGAGAGCCUGUCUGAGAAGCAGGUGAAAGAGGCCAAGUCUAAAUGUAAGCGCAUUGCUCUGCUGCUGACUGCAGCACCUAAUCCCAACAACAAGGGGGUGUUGAUGUUCAAGAAGCACCGGCAGAGGGCCAAGAAGUUUACACUAGUCAGCUACGGGACAGGAGAGCAGGAGCCAGAGGAGGAGGCAGACGAAGAAGAAGAAGAAGGUGACGAGGACGACGCAAUUGAGGUUACCCUUCUGGCCACUAGUGAGUCGGAGAUUGACGAGGACUUUUUUACGGAUGCUCGGGGCCGCACUCGUAUAGUGACAUUCGACUGGGACACCGGAUUACUAGAGAUUGAGAAGAAGCUCGACAACCAGGAAGAGAUGGAGCGUUUGCCUGAGACCAAAGGCAAAGGGGCACUGAUGUUUGCCAAGCGCAGGCAGAGGGUGGAUCAGAUCACGGCUGAACAGGAAGAAAUGAGGAGGAAGGGGAUACCAGUGGAAGAUCCUCAUGAACCAGCCACAACAGAGAGUGCACAGGUUACACAGCACACCUCUCACCAAGAAAACUUCUACACACAAUCCAAAGCAGAGAACCAGACCCAUGUGAGCCAGGGAUACAUUGAUGUUAAUGUUCAAAAACAACAGCAACAACAUCAUCAGCAGCAAUAUAGCCUUUCUCAGAGCGUGAAUGGAGUGGUACAUCACCAAACCAAUGAUAUGCAGAAAUCUAGUGUUACCAACAGAACAGCCAGACCCUUCACAGGGGUUCAGAAUAGAAUGGCAGCACCCUUUUUGCCUAGUAAAAGUGUAGCCAGUCCAGUAUCAGACCAACCAAGUUACUCAGACAACAAAUACAGGGUGGUUCUUCCCCCAGUUCCCGUGAAUGCUCAACCCCAGGUUUGGUCACCGACAGGUUUUGGAGAGCAAAUAGCAUCUCGAGAUGAAAGGAUAUCUGUUCCCGCUAUCAAAACUGGGAUCCUUCAAGAGACCAGGAAGAAAAACACAGCUAAACCUAUGUUUACAUUUAAAGAGCCCCCAAAAGUCUCACCCAACCCAGCACUUCUCAAUCUCCUCAACAAAGGGGACAAGCGCCAUCCCCUGACAGGAUUUGAGUCAGGCCCUGAAGAAGACUAUCUCAGUCUAGGUGCCGAGGCAUGCAAUUUCUUGCAGUCCCCUGCUAUCAAGCAGAAGACUCCUCCUCCUGUUGCUCCAAAACCCACCAUCAAUCCAGCCUCCCCUCCUUGGUCUCCUGCACCUGCAACUGCAAACCAGACUCCUCCUUCCCAACCACCACUAAAUGAAGCCCCCACUCCUGCUCUGAAUCCUGCUCAAGCCCCUCCACAACAACAUCCGCCAUCAGAAAGAACAUGGACCCCUCCCCAAACUCAGGCACGAAACCAGCAACCUGCUAGUACCUGGAGUCAGCCUCAGAAUCAAGCCACGGCCCAGCAAAAACCUGCUAACGUAUGGAGUCCACCUCAGCAACAGCAGUUGCCAGUAAGUACCUGGACCCCAGCUCAAACUCAUUCCCCAUCUCAACAGCCAGUUAAUAUGUGGAGUCAGCCACAACCUGCGCCCAAUGCUUUUGUGUCUCUGCCAGCACCCCGCUCAGUGGCCUCAGCCUACACACAUACAUCAAAAACACCACCUUCCACUCCGAUUGGUAAUGUGGCUUCAGCUGGGGGCAUGGGGCCAGCUUUUGAGAUGCCAGCUUUGAGAGGAAGAGGUGCUGAGCUUUUUGCCAAGAGGCAGUCUCGGAUGGAGAAGUUUGUGGUGGACUCCUCCACCGUCCAGGCCAGUAAACCCAGAUCCAUAUCACCAACUCCCUCUUUGCCUAGCUCUUGGAAAUAUUCAUCAAACAUCCGAGCACCUCCUCCUCUGGCGUACAACCCCAUCCAAUCACCCUCCUAUCCCCCGGGGGCUAUUAAAAGUCAGCCUCAGAGUCAGACAGGGCCCACAGGAAAGACCAAGACCAAAGGGAAAACCACCACCAAAGUCCUUCAUGCUCUUGAUGUCAUGAAGCAUCAACCUUACCAGCUAAACUCUGCCCUCUUCACCUACGGCCCAGUCUCUGACCCAAAAGGCCCUCCACCUAAAGCCUUCUCUGCCCCACCAAAGCAACCCCCUGAAUAUGAUGCGGUAGCCCCGAUGAAGCCAGCUGGACAGGUGAAUGCUACGUAUUCUGUCUCCCAUCAUCAGCCCUAUAUGGCCAGAGAAUCCUCCCAUGGGUUGCCUGUUUCUUCACCUGUCACACAUGAUGGUUCCUUCAGCCCAGCUGCUAAUACCUACGUAGGGCCCACCACUGGCAGUUCUUUGUUUAUAGCGCCACGACCUAAGUUCUCAGCCAAAAAAUCCGGAGUAGCAGCCAAGGUGUGGAAGCCAGCUACGGUGGAAUAGAAAUAUUGUUUGCUGAAAAGCAACCUACACUUUGCUUGAAGUAACACGAUAUGGAUUGAUAACAGAAAGGCAAUUGGUGACAUAUACAUUAUGUCCCUAGCAGUGUGGACUUUUAUUUUUAUUUAUUGUUUUUAUUUUUAUCUAGCUGACCAUUGCCAUUUACUACUGAGAAAAGUAUUUCAUAUUUUCAUAUGAAUAAUCUGGAACCUUCAGUUCUGUGCAACUGUCUUGUCAUUCACGAUUCAAUAUUACAAUUCAAAAUGACAAAGAUGGUGUUAACAAAAAAAACUAAUUUCAUAAUAUGAUACCCUAAGGGGUACCAGCUAAUCAAGAUACUGUACCUGCCUGUGUUUAUUGAUGUGCGGUAUUUUCUAUGAUCCAAUGUUUCUGUGCAAAAAGAAACUUCUUUAGAACACCACCUCAAGCAACCCCUUUUAUGGAGGGGGUUAUGAAACUUGCCAAGUCAAAUUCUUAUACAUAUAUAUGUUCCAAAUAUAGCUUAAGACAUUUUUUCAAAUCACCUGAAUUUCCUGUAAGUGGUAAGUCAAAAUGGGGUUUGGUUUUUCAAGCAAAGUGAAUGUUGCUUUUUGACUUUUUUUGCUCUAUCUUCAGAAAGUCAUUUUUUUUUCUUUUUACCCAUACUUUUUAUGGUAGGCUAUUGCACUAACAAGAUAAUUUUGUAAAACCUUGUAGUAUCAGCAGCCAAGCCUUAAAAUUAAAGAGCUGAUUCAGUAGAGUUUGUUUGUGAAAUACAGCAGUUGAUAGUACCUUUUCAGUUGUUCUCAUAAGUGGUCAAUCGAAGACUGAAACAUUUAAUGUUUACAGUGAUUCAUAAGUAUACCCUUACAUGCGUGCAUGAAGGGGCACUUUUGUAUGCAUUCAAUUAAUUCAACUUAUAAAUAUAUGCAACAUGUAUCGUUGCUGAAUUGACAUAAAAAUGGGAAUCAGUAUUGAUUCACAAGCUAAAAUACCCUCUGUUAAUUAAACAGAGAGAAUGUGUUUUUUGAAUGUUGAAGAAAGAUGUAGGUGAGAGAGGGACACUGCGAAAGUAAAUGAUGCAUAGAAGAGAAAAUGUUAUUAAGGAAAAUGCUGUAGUGCUUGAGGGGUUUUUUCUCCAUGUGUAACAAAGGAAAAUUUGUCCAUUUGGUUUUUGUUUCUUUGUUUGUUUGUUUGUUUGUUUGUUUGUGUUUUGUUCCGAUGUGUUUGUUUAUGUAAGUAGGAAAAAAAUUGAGAGAAACAGAUUAGAUAGUAGACUUUGGGUGGCAGAUAUAGAAUGUAAGAUUACAGAUAACGUUAGCAAUUUUAUUUUGCUAAAACACAUUUACUUACUGCAUAAGAAUGUGAAACAAAUUAAAAAUGUCUUAUAUAAUUAAUUGUUAGGGCCAUAACUAGUGGAGGUGGAAUAUCUUUGGAUUGGUCUCAUCCAGAUCGCAUUAUGAUUUUGUGCAAUUUUCUUUCAAUUCAUUACACCCUACUUGAGAAAUGUGCUGUUACUUGGACCUUUUGCUAGCCUGACGUGUAGUAGGACACCCCUAAAUUUAACCUGUAAUGUGCAUUCAUUUUGCUUAUCUGUUUAAUGGGUCUAGGUGGAGGAGUGGGAGGGGGGUUGUGUUUCUCUGGUUGUCCUAGUGACCCAGGGCUUCCCAGCUAUGGCCCUCACAUUUUAGUGUAAGGAUACCAAGAGAAGAAAAUCUUUUAUUCUUCCUUGUAUGAGCUUCUUCAGUACUUUUAUUUUUUUUUUGUGAUUUCACCUUGCAUUGUUUUCACUCAAUCUCAACAACCAAGGUGACAAAGGCAACAGAGGUAUAAAAGUCAUAGUGAAACAUUAUCUAUCCAACAAACAAAAAAAAACAGCACAAAAAAUACAAGUGGUUCUAAACCAAAGCAAAGAAAAAAGCAGCAAUUUGGACAGAACUGUUGUCUUUUUCCUCUUGAUUUUCUUGUAUGUGUUUUCUUCCAUGGUGCACUUUCUGUAAGCUUCUUCACUGUACUAUUAAAAAUCACCUUUAUCCAUU